AUGGGGGAGAUGGUGGGGCGAGGGGGCGAAGGGCCCGGCUGCACUAGUUCCUCGCUCGGUGCAUUAAGCCCUUUCUCAGCCAACGUUCUGGAGGACGACCUGCCGCACUCAUUUCGACCUGUCACUUAUGAAUAUCUUGGAACCACCGACCCUUUCGAGCAUCUCUGUCGCUUCAAUAACACUUCGGAUUUGCACCGAUUCACUGAGGGAGUGAAAUGUCGAGUCUUCGCGACUACGCUAGCGGGAGCCGCGCAAACUUGGUUCAGUCAGCUACCUGCCGGCACGAUUGGCGGUUUCGGCCAGCUAAGCGCCUGUUUUAUGGAUCACUUCGCGAGCUCAAAGAAACAGAAGAGGAGCACCCUGACGCUGUUCGCGGUCAGGCAGAGGGAUGGAGAAUCUUUACGAAGUUUUAUCAAACGUUUCAUCUCGGCCACCUUGGAAGUACCAAUCACCUCGGAGGAAGUCUUGAUCAGCGCUCUCGCUCAAGGGCUGCGGGCUGGCGAUUUCUUCACCUCGCUCUCAAAAAAGCCCCCCGCAUCUUUCAAUGCUCUGCUGAAAAAAGCCGAGAGAUACAUGAACGCCGAGGAGGCAGUGCAUAAUAAAUUUGGCGAGGCCAAAGGCAACCACGAGGCGAAAAGGGAAAGGAAGGAGGAUAGAAUGCAGAGACCGACUCAACUCGCGAGAAGGGAGGUGCAGAGCGAGAGAAAGAUAGGACCUCGUUUUGACAGCUAUGCAGCGCUAGUCGCACAACCAGGAGAGAUAUUGUUGUCCAUAGAAAAUAACCCAAAGUUAAAGUGGCCUCGCACGUAUGCAGAAGCACCGAAGAGAAGCCCCACGCAGGGAAGUUUCUGCCGUUUUCAUAAUGAUUAUGGCCACACCACCAAUGAAUGCCAACACCUUUGUGACGAGAUCGAGAGGCUCAUACGUGCAAAGAAUCUACCAGAAUUUGUGAAAGAGGGGAGCCAGCGCCCGCAGCAGGUCCCCGCUCGACGCGCGAGCGAGCCUCGCAAGCCUGAACUAGGAAGGGAGAAGCAGAAUGAGAGGAAGGAACAAGUGGCGCCCGCCAACUUCAUCAGCAUGAUUUUGGGAGGGCCCUCAGGGGGAGAUUCCAAUAGGGCCCGGCGAGCGCACCUGAGGCAGUUGCGAGAGACUGAGGAGUUAUUUGGAGAAAUAGAGGAAUCAGAUCGGGCGAGUCGUGCACACCUCCGACGCUUGUACGAGAUGGAAGCUCAGCUCGAGGAGGUGCAAAGAAUUUCCUACGUUCCACCCAUUAUUUUUGGUCCGGAGGACGAAGAAGGAGUCAGACAGCCGCAUUCUGAUGCCCUGGUGAUUACUACCAUGGUGGCAAAUUCUGAUAUCGAGAGGAUUCUGGUGGACACCGGCAGCUCCGCCGAUGUUAUCUACUACGACUGCUUCAAGAAGAUGAAUAUGAAUUUUGAAUUGAAAUAUGUAGAUACCAACUUGGUCGGGUUCUAA